GCGCGCCCGUCUCCAUGGCGACGCGGCUCCAGGCCCUGGCAGCGGGGCCACCGAGUGGGCCUGCAGCCGCGGCGGAGGCGGCAGCAUGAACACUGCGAGAUUGGCGGCCGGGCAGCGGUCCCCCAGCUCCGGGAUUCCGGGCUCCAGGGGCUCGUCACGCUCGCGUCCACGCCUGCCCGCAGUAUCCCCUCAUCCCGGGCAGCACGGCGCGCAGCUCGGGCUCAGCGAGGCGCAGAAGCGGGUGCUGGACCUGGAGAAGAGCCUGCAGUUCCUGCAGCAGCAGCACUCGGAGACACUGAUCAAGCUCCACGAGGAGAUCGAGCACCUGAAGCGGGAGAACAAGGAUCUCCACUACAAGCUAAUCAUGAAUCAGAAGCCUCAGAAGAAAGGCAGCAUCUCCAGUUCCAGCUUUCAGUCCAACAAGUCCAUCUCGAACACCACACUCCCAGGAAAGGCCAGGCUCCAGCCCAGCUCCUCAAAGAAGCAAGACUUGAAAGCUGACGUCCCCCUGAAGUCGGAUCUGGAGGAGGAGCUGUCAGCCACAGCCCCUCAGGGACUGGCCAGAGAUGAAGAAGUGAAGUCCUAUCCCAUGGCUGGCUUGGCGGCAGGCAGCCAGCAGAGGGGCAGGCUGGUGCCAGGAGCCCUGGCAGCAAUGAGCCUGCCCCCGCACCUGCGCAAGCCCACUACACUCCAGCAGUGCGAGGUGGUCAUCCGCCAGCUCUGGAACGCCAACCUCCUGCAGGCCCAAGAGCUGCAGCACCUCAAGUCCCUGCUGGAAGGGAGCCAGAGGCCCAAGGCUGCCCCCGAGACUGGGCUGAGUUCUCCUAAGGACCAGGAGGCCCCACAUCCAGGGGCCAUGCAUCUCCCCAAGGUCCCCACCAAGGGCGUCUCUAAGAAAUGCCUGAUCCUGAGCCCGGUAGCUGUGGCGGAGCGCGCCGUCCUGCCUGCACUCAGGCAGAGCCUCAAGAGCAACUUGGCCGAGCGGCAGAAGCGGCUGCAGGUGGUGCAGAGCAGGCGGGUGCACCGCCCUGUGCUCUGAGAGCUGGUGCCUGGCCUUGCGGCUGGUUUGCAGCCAGGCCCAUGACCACCAACCCUCUAGAUCGCACUGCAAUGAACUCUAGUAUGUUUAAUUCAAGCUAACUUCCAGGUAAACCAAACCCAUGUCAGAUAAAGUACUUGGUGUCAGAGCUGAGAAAUUAUUUUCUUGCUCAGUAUUUUGCUGCCUUGACACACACAUGCCAUGACCGAGUCUGACCCUAACCUGUGCAAAUAAAGCUCAUCUUUCCCAGU